AGGACGGUUGAGAAUGUCGUGAGCAUAAAUUAUGCAAAUGAGGGCAUCGUAUUUGUAUAGUGGAACUUGAGUUGUGCGCGCGCAUUUGUGGCAGAGACGCAGCGCGCGAGGCGGUGCAUUGCCGACUUGUGAGAUACUACUACGACCACCACCACUACUACAGCAAACAUGACCACCAAGAGAAAGGGUGCUGGUGAGGGAGCUGGAGACGCAAAGAAGGCGAAGAGUGAGCCGCAGAGGAGGUCUGUCAGGCUUUCACAACGCCCCCAGGCACCAAAGCCCGAGCCCAAACCGAAGAAGGCUGCUGCCCCCAAGAAGGAGAAGGCCCCUAAGAAGCCUGCGGAGGAGAAGGCUAAGGGGAAGAAGGGGAAGGGCAAGGCCGACGAGCAGCCCAAGCAGGAUGCAGGCAAGGCUGCUUCUGCUGCUGCCGCUACGGCUGAUAACGGAGAGGAGACAAAAGCCAGUGAGGCAGCGGCAAGCGACUCCAAGUGAAGCUCAUUCUCAGCUCGUCCGCUUUAACUAGUCUGUGACAUCCCCAGCUUCCUGUACAGUUGUCCUUUUUUUAUUAUUACAGAUUUUAAACCCGCUUUUAGGCUUACCCACCUCAUAGUUUGUUCCAUUAGUUAAGGCUGCAACAGACCUGAGCAUUCCUUGUGAGGAAGCCAGUUUAUUACGCCCAUCUCCAAGUAGAGUGUCCUCGGCCCAGUGUACAUGACGCUAUUUUUGGAUCCCGCUUUGUAUUAGGCCAGUUGGAAUGCUCAGGAAUGCUUAUUAUUCAGCCUUCUAAAUGUGUUGUACAACAGUUUAGACAACACAGCAGUGGCAACAUUCCCACCAUGCAGUAGUAUUAACCAGUAGUUUCUCAUUAUAAAGUACAUUUUAAGAUCGGUACACAACCAAUUGGCAUGACAUCCUUUUUUAACUUUAAUAACAUUGUGUGUUUUUUGUAAAAUUUAAAUUUAGCAGUGGGGUGUUUUUAAAAAGAGGAUUUUUUUCCUUCCCAUUAAGGUGGUGUUGGGAUGAUAGCUUUAUUUUUAGCUGCAUUAUUGGUCUUGUGUGGUUUAAACGGCAGCUUAGAAAUAUAAUUUGCAUAAAUUGUGGUUUAAAUGCAUGUGUGCGCAAGGCAGUUGAGUCUAAAAUGAAAGUUACAAUUUUACAUUUAUACGGCUUGGUAAUGAAUGCAUAAUUUUACGUGAAAUAUGAUGUAAUUUUGUCAUUGGAAAUAAAAUGUCUCUUGACAAUGCAUUCUUCUCUUAGUCAAAUGCCAUUCUGUUGUAAUGUUAGUUUCAGUAACCUAUCAUCCCAACACUCAACAUAGCUGUUAGAAAUGCCUGGAAAAUAUUUACUGGAUCCGUUACAAUUAUAAAUAAAAUGUGGAUGUUUUCUCUAA